CCUCUAUAAACCAGUUCUGGUGACUAAUAUGUACUGUGCUAUUCUAAAUGUAUGGGGUUAAUUACAAUAAAAUUAUGCCAACCCCGCGUAUUCUGUUAAGUUGGGAACAUGAAUUUGCGGUGUACUAGGGUUAAUGUGAAUGUUGCAGAGAUAUCAUAAUACAAGAUAGUUUGAAGUAUAGUCUUUGAGUGAUUCUGUUUGUUAAUGGCCGCAAGUGGCAAUAGCUGUGGUGUGUUGCAAAGAAUAUUGAUCGUGCUUAGCGACCUAUAAUGCGUAAAAUUUUAUUUUAAAAACUGUAUGUUAAAUCUGAAAAACUUACGUUUUUUGUGUUUGUCAUUUGUGAACAAAGAUUUACAAGUUCGUAGGAUACAAAUGUCAAUGAGUCAUCCCAAAAGAUACUUUAUUAAUACUUUACAGGAUUACGAAAAGGAUAGUAACCUAUUUACAAAUCAGAAAUGGAAUUCGAAGAUACACGAGACUGUAAAUAUUAUCACAGACAGACAAGAUCCUUCAGUGAAUGCUGCAGAUGGUGGAUUGUAUGUUGGCAUUGCAGGAAUAGGUUACAUGUUUUAUCAUACGAGCCUGUCACCAGCAUUUGUUAGUGAAAAGUCUGAACUUUUAAAAAGAGGUUUAAAAUAUAUUAUACCAGCGCUGAAAUAUGCAGAACGUCAUGAGAGAGAUAAAUCUGCAUUUUUGCUUGGAAACGCGGGAAUUUAUGCAGUUGCAGCUGCUGUAUACAAUGCACUAGGUGACAAAAGUAAGGCUGAUCAUUAUUUCAAAGCUUAUGUUGCUUUGGCUGCUAAUUGCCAAACUCACAACUUGCCUCAUGGUGAGGAUGAGUUGCUUGUUGGUCGGGCUGGAUAUCUGUGUGGUGUACUGUGGCUGGAGAAAGUCUUCGGGAAAGGAAGUUUCCCAGCAAAGGACAUUGAUGAAAUCUGCAAGUGUGUCAUUGAAUCAGGACGAAAUUAUGCCAGACGUCACAGAAGUCCAUGCCCAUUGAUGUAUUCUUAUUAUGAUACGGAAUAUCUUGGAGCAGCCCAUGGUCUGUCUGGUAUCCUGCAAAUGCUCCUGUCAUUUCCUGCCUGCCUUCAAUCUGAUCCAGCAGCUGAACAGGAUGUGAAAGCAAGUGUUGAUUAUCUUCUGAGUCUUCAGACCCAAUCUGGUAAUUUUCCGUCCGCAAUGGACGAGCUUGGGAGGAGGGCUCGAUCAGAGGCUGACGAACUGGUGCACUGGUGCCACGGAGCUCCAGGUGUCGUGUAUUUAAUGGCUAAGGCUUAUCGUCACUGGAAAGAAGAUAAAUAUUUAAAAUCUUGUUUGAAGUGUGGAGAUCUUGUGUGGUCAAAAGGACUGCUAAGAAAAGGCCCAGGAAUAUGUCAUGGAGUCGCAGGAAAUGGAUAUGUGUUUCUAUUGCUGUAUCGCCUAACAGGUGAUCCGAAACACCUCCAUCGUGCCCGGGCCUUUGCGUACUUCGUAUUUACCCCUACGUUCUCAGAGGAAGCAAGAAGACCUGAUACCCCUUACAGUUUGUAUGAAGGUCAGGCAGGCACUGUGUGUUACCUUGUUGAUACAAUGACACCUGAUCAGGCUGCAUUUCCAUUCUUUGAUGUGUUUUAAGUACAUUUGCUUCAGUCUGAACAAGAACGUCUCUUCAAUUUGAUAUCAUAUGUUGAUCAUAAAGAUAAUUUAUCAUACAGUUAAAUGACUUAUAGCCAGCAUUUGUGUUAACUGUUUUAGCCUGGCUAACACCUCAGAACAGAAAAUAAAAAAUCUUACUGUUCCACACUCAGAAUUCUUUAAAUCGUUCUCAUUGCUAGUGCUCCAUGUAAUAUGCUUAUGACGCUCGGCUACAUGUUUUGUGUGCUGAGAAGUAUUGUACCAACAUGGUAACAGUGCAGAUGUUUUGAGGCUGUGUUCCAACACUUUCAGGUGUUGAAGCUGGAGCCAGCAGAUAUUUCAUGAGAAGAAAGUCACUGGGUAUAUUAUUUCCUGCUUAAAACUUUCAUCAGAGUUCCUCAUUUUGAAAAUGUGUAACCUUUCCCAUUACUGUCGGUAGCUUAAGAUAUGUGUUUUGGCCAGGCAUCCUGUAUUGCUGCAGACAUAAUAUUUCAAUUCUGCAUAUUUGUAUUGUUAAGACAUGUUGAGGUUCAAAACCUAGUCCUUCUUUGCUCAAGGUGGUGUCGCAUGUCACAGCGUUAAAAUAAAAUGUUUUUGGAUAAGUACGACCAACAUUUUACAAGAGUUUUGUUUCAAUGUGUCACUCUUUAUCUUAUCAGUGCUUUCUUACAGCAGACACAACCAACAUUACUGUUGCUUUCCAUCGCGUUUAGCCCAGCAGCUAGGCCUAGGUCUAAAAACACGAGUUUUCUGUCGGCAUGGUACAAUAUAUAUAUAACUGCAGUCAUGGAAAUGUUAAAAUGGGAAUUUUUCAUUUUGUUUAAAAUAUUAUUCAGAAAUUCACUUCUGAUGUGUUCUAUGGAGAAAAAUA